UUGUUGUUGAGAGAGGGCCCGGGGCUCCCUUGUGGCUCGAGAGGGAGCUGUCAGCGGGGAGGCAGUCUGUCUUUGGACACCGGAAAGACGGUAUCGAAAACAAGUGGCCCCCAAGUUCCAAUAAUGAGCGAGCAAGAAUUCAACAAGGCCGCUGAGGAGGUCAAGGCGCUCGCGACACGACCUACCGACGAUGACCUGUUGGAGCUGUACGCUCUGUACAAGCAGGCCACUUGCGGUGACAAUAAUACCGCGACGGCGGGAUUCUUCGAUUUGAAAGGCAAAGCCAAGUGGAACGCAUGGGACGCCAAGAAAGGCAUGAGUAAGGAAGAUGCUCGCACGCAGUACAUCGCUAAAGUGGCAGCUCUGAAGGGUUGAAUACCUCAUCGCGAUACCAUUCAACAUGUUUGCUCAAUUCAAAGACUAAUUUAAGUCAUAAUCCAUGGCGGUAUGAACGCCCUCUGGGAAAUUCCGGGUUAGCUGAAAGAUUUAUGCAAUAAAUUUUGGAAGCUUCAUUCCGCCGGU